GUAAUUAUAUCUACUACAUUUCAUUUUUGACACCUUGUGGUACUAGUUUUCAUACGCGUGCUGCGUUACGCGGCACACCUUAGGACCGAAACAUAAUUGACAUUGCAAUAGAAAAGAAAGUGAUUUUAAGGUUAAAGUAAGUUAUUGAAUGGUAGAAAAGAAAUAUAUAAAGAAGAAAUAUAUCAAAACACCGAUCAAGUGUUUUUGUGGUCAUUGUGUUUUUCUGUCUUCACAAUUUUUUCACUAUGGAUGCAACAGUUGAAAAUUUAUUAAAACAGUGGGGUUUUACUGAUCUCAUUGAAAUAUUUGCAAGUGAAGAAAUUGAUUUUUUUUCAUUUCAACGUUUAAAACCUGGCUCAAAAAACUUAGAAGUUCUUAUACCUAAAAUGGGCAAAAGACUAAAAUUUGAAGAAAAGUUAGAAGAGUUUCAAAACUCUAUAUUUAAUACAGAGAUGAUUUCCGACAAGGAAAAUAAGAUGUUAAAUGAAAUACCAUCCGAAAUAAUUGAUUUAUCUGAAGCAAUUAUUCCUAUAAAUACAAAUAUUGUAACAUCCGAAAUAGUGAGUCCUAUAAUUAUGGAAUAUGCAAGUAAUGAAAUUAUUGAUAACGUUCGUAUUGAAAAUAUUGAACAAGAUUCUGAUAAGGAAAAAAAUGUUCAGUCAAAUAUUGAGCAAAAAGAAAAUAAAAAUGAAGUUGAAGAGUCAAUUGAUCAAUUACAGCUUCUUGAUGCUAUUCGUAAUCUGGACAUGGAAACAUUUUUAAAAGAAACUAGCACUGGCUUUAUCAUUUUAAACCACUACAAAAAGCAUGGCCAAUUAAAUACACAAAUGCGUAAAAAAUUAGCAGAUGUGGUAAUAACACAUUUACCAAUUACUAUCACCAAGAAACCAUAUCCGCUUGAAUUGAAAAAUAUGCAUAUUAGACAGCUUGCCAUCAAAGUAGCUGAUUAUUUUAAAGAAAAAUCUGAAAUGUAUUAUGUGCCACCUUUAUAUGAAGGUCAACAUCAAAAAAUUUCAAAAGGAAUAUUUGUCGAUAGAUAUCGCAACAAUCGUAGAGAUUGUAUAAAAUCUGGAUUGCUAAAAAGCAAAAAAAGUAAUAAAGCAUCGGAAACACUAAUUGAUGACAUAAAUGUGGAAU